AUGGAUCCUUUAACAGGAACACACCAUCGGAAUGUAUCGAGGUCUUCAAGGCCCCGCAGCUCGACCAGAGGUCCGCUAGAUGCAUUGGAUGAUCCCCUUUCUGCCUCCAGUCUACCCACCUCGCCGAUCAAAGACCAACCAAUGGCUUCUAGCAACAGCUUCACUGGGGCAUCCUUCCAAGAAUUGGACCCGCUGGCACCAGAUGAUCUUCCCGAAACCCUGGGCAAAGAUCUUUCCUUUCUUCUUCGGCAUAAUGUGUUCCAUUCGCUCUCUCAUCUCGACAUCCCUCCGCCGCUGCGAUCAGAAUUCCUCAUCCUCAACCCCGGGGAACCCUUAUCCUCGUCUUUGAGUAUUCUUGAGAAGCUAUUAAGCGAAGGACGAUUCCUCGUCGCAGCACAUUUCUCGGCUUCCAUCCUGACCUCGUCUUUAAUAUCAUCCACGGAUAUCAAACUCAUAUUCUCCUUAUUUUACACGCGCCUUGCAUGCUUGGAGCUAUCGGGCAACACGGUUUUUGCGGCCCAAGAGUCCAAGGCACUGGAGGAUCUGAGUUCCGCAUUUUAUUAUAUUGAUCUGGGACCUGCUCGCGCAGAUAACGAUAAUUAUCCGGAACACGAACCUGCCAGUGCACCUGAGCCCCGUCACAUCGUCCCAUGGCCACUUCGCGUACUAGCCGUGAGACUCCAAAGCAUUGGCUUUGGUGAUUCCCGUCGGGGCAUUGGGGGACUGUAUGAGAUCGGACUCGAAGUGCGCCGGGAUAUCAUGAGAAAGGGGGUCAGUAAAGCGGAGCGUGAUGUAUGGAACCAGAGACUAGCCGAUCUGGGUAUCAGAAGCAUCAAUGCGCUCAUAGAGAUGGGUGAUCUUGAUGCUGCCAGGCGAUCACUUGAUAUCUUCCAAGCACCCGAGCUUGAAACGGACCUCACGAAAAUGAGAAAAGCGCUUCUGCUUUUGCGAGUUGGUGACCUGGAUGCUGCAACCCAUGUGUUCGGUGAUUUGAGCGAGACAAAAGAAGCCGCUCUAUUAAAGCCUCUGAUCAGCAUGUCAGAUGGCCGCUAUUCCGAUGCAGUGGCCGAGUGGCGUGUCCUGGGCGAAGAUAGGACAAGAACCGAUGGAGCCCUAGUGGCGCAAAAUCUAGCGGUUUGUCUGCUAUACACAGGCCAACUAGACGAGGCUCGUCAGCUUCUCGAAGCCCAAGUUUCUGCCAAUCAUUCAUUUGGCAGCUUGAUCUUCAACUUAUCGACAAUCUAUGAGCUCUGCUCUGACAAUGCAGGCUAUCUCAAGGGGCAACUAGCAGAGGCGAUCGCAAAACAACCUGUGACCGGCCAGACAAACUUGGAUCGGCCAAACUCGGACCUCAAGUUGUAA